UGGCCGCGUCCCGAAGCAAGAUGGCAGCUGUUGUCGAGAAUGUUGUCAAACUGUUGGGAGAGCAAUGCUACAGAGAUGCCAUGGAGCAAUGCCAUAACUACAAUGCUCGUCUGUGCGCUGAGAGGAGCGUGCGCAUGCCCUUCCUCGACUCUCAGACAGGCGUGGCUCAGAGCAACUGCUACAUUUGGAUGGAAAAGAGGCACAGAGGGCCUGGGAAGGCCCCAGGGCAACUCUACACUUACCCUUCCAGGAGGUGGAGGAAGAAGAGAAGAGCUCAUCCUACCGUGGACCCUCGCCUUGUCUUCCCCCCAGUCAAGUCAGAGCUUGAUUUUGGACUGAAGAAGGAUGCACUGUUGUCAUCUGAUGGCAGCAGCCUGGAGGCCUUGCUAAAGGGCGACUCUCUGGAGAAACGUACACCCGCCGAUCUCAGAGCGUCUGAGGAAGAUUCCAACCCUGGCGACUACUCUGUCGGCCUGAACUCUGCCACACGCAUCAGAAAGAAAAUCCUGGAGCCUGAUGACUUCCUCGAUGACCUGGACGACGAGGACUACGAAGAAGACACACCGAAGAGAAGAGGCAAAGGGAAGGGAAAGGGUCGCGGAGUAGGCAGCAGCAGCAGGAAGAAGCUGGACCCUGCAGCAAUGGAGGACCGGGACAAGCCGUACGCUUGCGACAACACUAUCAAACAAAAGCAUAUUUCCAAACCUUCUGAAAAAGUCUGCGGCAAGCGCUACAAGAAUCGCCCCGGCCUGAGCUACCACUAUACCCACUCGCACCUGGCCGACGAGGAGGGCGAAGACAAGGAGGAGAUGGAGGUCAACGAGCCCCCGCCACCACUGCCGGAGACGCCCAAAACUCCUAAGAGAGGCCCAGAUGGGCUGGCCCUGCCCAACAAGUAUUGUGACUUCUGCUUGGGAGACUCCAAAACCAACCACAAGACGGGCCAGUCCGAAGAGCUGGUGUCCUGCUCCGACUGCGGACGCUCAGGCCACCCGUCCUGCCUGCAGUUCACACCCGCCAUGAUGGCCGCCGUCAAGACAUAUCGCUGGCAGUGCAUCGAGUGUAAGUGCUGUAACAUGUGCGGCACCUCCGAGAACGACGAUCAGCUGCUCUUCUGUGACGACUGUGAUCGUGGUUACCACAUGUACUGUCUCAAGCCGCCCAUGGCAGAACCCCCAGAGGGGAGCUGGAGCUGUCACCUGUGUGUGGACCUCCUCAAAGACAAAGCGUCCAUCUACCAGAAGCAUGAUGCCCCGCCCUCGUGAUGGCCGCUCCUUCUGCACACACUCUGUGAUCUGCCGCACACACACACGGACGUCGCGUGAGUGUGUCCAGAGGGAGGCUGUGAUUGGUCCAAAGGGAAGUACAUUACAGUAGAGUACACGCUACCACACUGGCCUCAUGUCUUCACAUGUGACCGUUACACUCGAUUUUUUGCCCCGUGAGACCUUGAAGCAGAACACUUGCUCGCUGCAAUUAAGUAGCAUGCCGUGCGAAGUACAGCUUUUCUACAAUUUCUAUACAAUAUUUCUAAAGUACUCCCCUGUACGCUUUAGUGUACAUCUGUUGGGGUUGAUUUAAAUUUAGGAAACCUUUCACACCAUCACACACAGGCUAAAAAUAGAUCCCAUGUCAGGCUCGUUAAAAUGGCUCCAAAGGCUUAAAGACUGCAGGGAGCGUGGUCGUAAGAUGACUUGUCUCAAGAAAACAUUGCUCAAGAGCACUUCUCACUGAAAGGGACUAGAAAAAUGGUACUGUCGUGUACUUUUUUUUAUGGACAUGAACUGCAAAGGAUAUGUAAUAACCAUUAUGAUGAUAUACACUACUGUUUAAACCUUUGGGGUCACUGAAAAAUAAUUUUUGAAAAAGCACUAGUUUAGAUAAAUAGAAGGCUAGAUAGAUAAAGCUCCUCCCCUCGUUUCAACAUAGUUGCUUGGCACCGAGAUGCUACAAUACGGCGUCAAAACAAUAUUCUUAUAUUAGACAUGACUUUGGCCUGAGCAUGACACCAGUGAAUAGGUUAGUUUUUCAGCAAAUAACAAAUUGUAGGUUCUCCAUAAUCAGAAUAUACACAAAUAUCCAGGGUUUCGUUGAAUACACUAGCAAUUAAAAGUUUGGGGUCACUUCAAAAUGUCCUUGUUUUUGAUAACAUUGAAAUCUAGUGGACCCUAUUUGCAGGAGAUAAGGACCCGGGCCGGACCACGAAUAGCUAAAAUCAAUGGAUAAUUGAUGCCAUUAUAAUUGCAUUAAAAAUAGGCUUUACACGAUCAGGAUUUUUGGGACCGAUCAGCAAGUUUAAAGAAACGAUAACCGAUCACCGAUCCGAUCACAAGAUUGAACAAUGCCUCUAUUUACAUGACUUGUUCAUUUAUUGUAUAUACUUGUGUAGUGUAUACUGAUUACUGUAUCUUCAAAAUUAUUCUCUAGCAUUUUAGACAAAAGUUAAAACCUCAAUGACCUCUAGGGGUCAUUCAAGGAUUGGCCACUGACAUAAGUUUAGGUCAAAUCAACAUCACAACAUGACAGAAAUAAUGGGUGCUAACUUACUGUAAUUAAAUGACUUUAUUGCAAUUGAAUUACUUUAACAAAUACUGACAUUCUUACUCUUAACUUUCUCACUGUCCCGGCUUCCCAGCUAUAUGGAUGGGUGUUGUCCAGAAUUUGCAUCCGUUUGGAUCCCCCACAGCCUGCGUUGCUUGAACGCGGCAUGCUCCUCGUGUACAUUCUUCAGGUGCUCGUUCAAAUUUGUUGUGUUGAAGCAUUUAGAUGACGUUCCCCGUGACGUACUUCAGUUGUGCACAGACUGCAAAUAACUUGCGUGUUGUUUGUCUGAGACACUGCAAAAUAGUGCAACACUGACGACGUGUUUUUUCACUGACAAGAUUGAAAAAACACUUUAUUGGCUGUCAGAUAGUCGCCACAAGACGCAUGACAAGGCUAAAAAUAAAUUAGCUUUUGGAUUCAUAUUCGACAGCGACGCAGAGUAAAUGUCUUUUGCGGAGCCGAUCGAUGACGUCAUUAAUCGGAUCGGCGAAUUAUGAUAUGAAAGCCAAUCGGCCGAUCAGCAUAAAAUGCUAAUUAUCUGCCGAUACCGAUCAAACUGAUCAGAUCAGUGUAAAGUCUAAUUAAAAAUAAAUAAAUAUUUUCCUAAACCCGAUGAUAAACCACCAGUAAGCGUUUUUGAGGUUGGUUCCUACAAAAAAAAAAAAAAAAAAAAAAAUUGGGGAAAAAAAUCGAAUGGGUGAAUCCGCAGAUGCCGAACCACAAGUAUGCGGGGCUCCACUGUAAUCAGAAACACAGUCUCGACAUUGUUAAUGAGCACUAUAAAUAAGGACAUUUCUAAGUGAGCCCAAAGUUUUAAACAGUCAGAAGCAUAUAUACGACGGUUUGUUUUGAGGUAAAACAUGAAAUUGUCUGAGUAACCCCAAACUUUUGAACAGUAGUGUACACUAACCCUCCACAAAAUCUGAUGAGAUCCAAUACAAGCGCUAUAUCAAACACUCUAUCCUUACAAAGAUAAUAGUGAUCAGUUUUGAUUGACAUUUGUUUAAAAAUGUUUAUAUUGUUGUUGUAGCUUGUAAUAAUGCCACUACUUUUUUUUUCUUUUCUUUCCUUUUUUUUAAAGAAAUAUUUUGCCCAUUUGUGUAGCUAUGUAGUUGCAGAGCUGCGAAACAUUUAGGUCCUUAGUAAAUGUGUAAAAUAAAAUGAUUCAACAAUUGAAGAAAUUUUUAAAUAUAUGUUAUGAGGAUUUGUGGAUUCAAGUUUUUUUUGGACUUUUAAAAAAAAUUAUAAUUGUUUUUUAUAAAUAAUAGUUGCUCUGAGGUUUUAUUUGUGUUAGAAAUGCAUGGCGGGCCAGAUCAAAUGGUGUCACGGGUGAUGUACGUUUCGGUUCCCCACCCAUGUUAGGAGGAAGAUGGAAAAAGGAGACACCCCCUUGUCAACAAUUGCAUGCAGUUUGAGCUCUUUGGGGCCUUUUACUAACACAGGCACACAACAAUUCCUCCCACUAAAUUAAAAUAAGGUCUUCAUUGCUGUGUUGUAGCAGUUUGCGCCCUUUUCUAUAUUUAUUCCAUAUUGCAGCUCCACUUUUUAUUUUCCCUCUUCCCCCCAGUCAUCAUCUGCAACUUUGUAAGAGGUCAUUUGCUGCUAUAGGAUGAGACUUAUUUUCCCUGCUUGUGCGUGGAGGCUACAGAGUGGUGUGUUGUAUUUUGGACGUGAUGAGGACAGUCAGCAAUGAUGUGUCCUCAAAGCGUCAAGUGCCGCUUCCCCCAAAGUGUGAACCAAAUGCCAUUGUGGAAGAAUGAAGAGGCACCAUUGGAGCCUCUACAGAAUUGGCUUGGGGUUUUUCUAGAGAAAGAGAGUGUGUGUGUGUGUUUCAAUGUAAGAUCACUGUAGGAGACUUAUCUUAGGCUGACUGAUGGAAUGUCCAAUUGUACUUUUCACUGUAGGAAAAUAAAAAUACUAAGCACUG